AUGGACGCGGAGUGUCGUGGGGCCAUUGAGGAGCGGGCACGAAGGCCCAUGGGCCGCGCCACGCCGUAUCCGCAUGGAUUUAAGUGUUUCACCUGCGAAAGGGCAGCCGAUAAUUACGAGUGCAACCGCUGGGCUCCGGACGUCUAUUGUCCAAGAGGUACCAGAUACUGCUUUAGCCAACACACGAUGAAGAUCACCGGGGAAAGCGUGUCCGUCACCAAGCGCUGCGUGUCCUUGGAGGACUGCCUGUCCGCGGGGUGCACAUAUGUAAGACACGAAGGAUACAAGAUCUGCACUUCCUGCUGCGAAGGAAGCAUCUGCAAUUUGCCACUGCCAAGGAACACAACGGACGCAGUGUUUACAACCCUGUCCCCCAUAAACAAAACGCAGAGACUCUCAGGCCCUGCGGUGCUGACAACGGCCUGUCUCUU